GGAACAUGGACCAGCUGGCUAUAUGCUAAUCGAUGACUGUACCUACUUAAUCGUGCGAUUUUGUAUCUUCUUUAUUGACUGUAUCGCCCCAGAGCCCAAUAAAACCACGUAACUAUAAUUAAUUGCUGCCGUUCAGUAAGUUAUCUACAGAGUUGGAUACGCGAGAGUGUGGUGAAGUGUGGCAACCUGAUAUGUCAUAACUGUACCACGCGUUUGUUGUGCUCCAGUCGACUGUUUUUGUUUUUAUAUCAAGUCCAGUUUAAUCUUCAUCAUGCCUAAAGGAGGGAAAAAAGGUGGCCAUAAAGGUCGCAUGAGAACUUACACGAGUCCCGAAGAAAUAGAUGCUCAAAUGAAAGAAGAAAAAGAACGAAAAAAGAAGGAAGAAGAAGAAGGUGCAGCAGUGAACGACAACCAGAGCGAGGACAAACUGACAGGGUCAGGUUCAGAGGACAGUGACGAUGAGGGGUCUGAGAAAAGGAAGGGUGUUGAGGGCUUGAUAGAGAUUGAAAAUCCCAAUCGAGUCGCCCAAAAAGCAAAGAAAGUCACAGACAUAGAACUCGAGGGUCCCAAACAGCUUUCCAGAAGAGAAAGAGAAGAGAUUGAAAAGCAAAAGGCCAAGGAGAGGUAUAUGAAAAUGCAUUUAGCAGGAAAGACAGAUCAAGCUAAAGCUGACCUCGCUCGACUCGCCAUUAUCAAAAAGCAGCGUGAGGAGGCUGCACGAAAAAAAGAAGAAGAACGUAAAGCAAAAGAAGCAACGCAGGCGGCAGCAGCAGCGACUAAAGGACUACAUACGUUGUCUCUCAAAUAAUCCAAAUAGUGGAUUCUUAGAGGUUUUGAUGCAUUUGUGGACAGUAUACGAUGAUAUUGACAAUGUUAUUUUUGAAGACAAAGCAAAACAUAAUGUGGGAUGCUAUAACACAGCGAUCCAUUGAACAGGAAUAUUUCAGAGUAUAUUAACCCAGAAAGCAGAAAUAAAAUGCCUUUGUGAGAGCCCUGAUGCUAAAUCUUAAUGCUUGCUUUCACUCAGUGAUAUUAGGAAUACAGACAUAUUUAUUAAUAUAUUAACAUAUUGCCACAUGUAGCUGAGUCAACUUUGCAGUCUCAGUUUAAAGGAUUAUUGUAAGGAUAAAAACGUAAUAAUCUGUCCUCAGAUGUAAAGGACCUGGUGUCAUUCAAAAUGAUGUUCUGAUGGUAUUCUCUUCUUUAAAUAAUGUAAAGAAUAACAUACACCAAUAAAAUCUCAGAAUGUUUUUUGAACAUUUA